UGUAAAAGCUCAGGUGUAGCCCGGUGUAGCUGUGAUGAUCCGUGGAUGGAGUGUCGUGACGCAAUGCCUCGCCCCGUGCUCACAAAACUUCGCACUCUGUUAGAAGAAAUACAGAACCAGGACGAUGCUGCCCCAAAAAGCAAGAGCCGCAAGAGGAAGGCAUUGGAAGAAUUAAAUGUGUUGGAGGCACACAUGGAAGGACAGAAAGAGGCCAAGAGGGCAUACAAAGAGACCAAGAAGGCAUACGAAGAGACCAAGAAGGCACUGGAGAAGACCAUAGGGCUUCUGGAACAGGAGAACCGCAACUAUGUGGUACAACUUGCCCAGCAUCAGUCAGUGAGCCAGACCCGUCCCAUUUUGGAGGUUGGACUUCAACAUUACAACCAGAAUCGCGGUCGGAACACUUCAUACACCAAGGCCAGCCAUGACUUUGAAAAUGAGACAAUUUUCGAGCCAUCCGGCAGCCUUCAACCCUGGGCAAGAGAGACCUGCGAGAAAUUUGAAAAGCAUCUCCACUGCAAGAUCAUGCCCGGCUCCAGAGAGUUCCACGAAGCUCUCUGGGAUUUAUACAAAGACCUUUCCAGGCGGCACCACUCAACGGGAGGUUUCACUACAGGAGUUGGCCUAGUAAUUCAAACGCCGUCUCCAGUACAGACUGGAGCAGUUGUCCUGCUCAUGUGCGCCCUCCGUUUGAAAGGUUACUUGCUCAAUAUCCAGAUUAGGGCAGAAGUAGAGGGGAAGGCAGUGAUCAUAACCAAGAAAGGCAAGCUCAAGGUCGACCAGUUCGGUUGAGACUAGCAUUGGAAGUAUAGUGUUCAGGAUGGUUUAGAUAAAAAGUGGACCACUUGACUAAGCUCUGGUGACUGAAUUCAAUAUUUCAUCCCAGAUUUCUUGCUUGACCUUGGCAGAGAAGCCACCCGCCAGUGGCUGUAGCCUGAUGUGAUGGACAUUUUGCUUGGAGACCCCCCCAAAACCAGAUUUUGCGAAUUUCUG